UUCACAGGCGUCGGGAAUCUUCGACGCGGCCCUGUGUAAACCGCGGAUCUGCCGAUACAGCGGGGGGCGAGCCGGUGUUGUGAGUGAGUGAGUGAGUGAAGGAGGAAGGAAGGCGGGGGUUGGAGGAGAAAUGUUCCGCCCGAUGAGGCAGGGCUUCCGCAGCCCGCCGCCUGUAGGCCCGGGUGUGGUCCCGGGCUCGUUCCCCGGCGCGGUGCAGGCCGCAGGCGGCGGAGGGACAUAUCCCUGGGGGCUCCCGACUAAUGCCGGCACCCCGCCUUACGGAAUCCGGCAGCGGCCCUUCGCCAAAUCCCCUCAGCAACAGCAAGGCCUGUCGCCCUUCCACCAACAGCACCGCUACAAGAGCCCGUCACCCGGCCACCAGCAGCCGCAAAGCUUCACACCCCGGCACAGAAGCCACUACUCCUCGCCGCCAUAUCACCCUCACUCCCCGGGUCAAGCAUCGUCUCAGCAGCCUUCCCCCGGUUCGGGGCAUUACCGGCGUUACCCCGGCUCGCCCAGGUCGUCGACACCUUUCGGUGGGAGCGGCUACAUCCUGGAGAGGAAAUCGCCGGCGCCCGUGGAGCUGUACUACAAAGCUUCCAUGCUGCAGGACCCGUGGGCUGACCUGCAGCCCGUCUCCGCAUCUGACAUCGACCUGCAGUACAGCAAGCCGCAGGCAGCCAGCGCCGUCAAAGGGGGCAGGUACUUCAGCUAACAGCUUCUGCAAGCAACACCAGACCCUCACCCUCCCUCCCGGGCAAAGAGCGACCUUUUCUCCCACCUCUGGGUAAGGUAGCCAAAUUGACCUCCGCAGUGCUGUCAAGAACUUAACUGUGGUGCCCAUUCUCACUGCUUUCCAGAGACUAAGCCUAUUUUUUAAACAAGAAUUGAUUACAUUUUUUUCCAGAUCGACUUUUUAAACGAGACCUAUUUUUUUAACCACACCGAGUUUGUUAUUUUCUUUGCAACACGUGGGAGCUCUUUGGAUGUUAUCUGGUAGAGUGCAACCGUUGCAGUUUAGGAAAGUGCCUGCUCUAAAUAACUCUUUAAAAUCACCAGCCAGUGGACAGUGACUAAUUGUUUUGCAGGUUUCCUCCACUUCUAUGCAUUAACGAGGCAGGUUAGAAAGCGUGUCAUCUAAUUUUUUUACUGUAAGCCACUGAAAAUGGUCAUUUUUUAAACUUUUUUGUCAACUUUUUUAGAUUCAAGGUAAAAGCUUCAAUGUAUUUUUUUGUAAAUCCAUAUUUCUAAUUUUGUGUAUGUAAAAACUGAAGAAAGAAAACUGUUUUGUGUAUGUUUUCACAGUGAGACGGUGUAUGGGGCAUGUGUGCAGUAAAGGUGUGGUGUGUUGGUGUA